AUGACAUCCAAGUUGAAUGAGAUGAAGUAUGCAGCGGUAAUGGGGGCGUUCAUCAACACAACUGUAUAUAAUAACACUGUGAAUAAUAGUACAUAUGACAUACCAGAGAAACAUCAAUCUGUGCUGUCCAUGUAUCAGACGGAACAGCUUAUUUUACUUUGGUUUCUCUUCGCAUUUGUUGUUAUUGGAAAUGCUAUUGUUUUAGUUUCUGUUUGCUUAGUGAGGCACAAGAAGUCUAGAAUGAACUUUUUCAUCAUGAACCUCGCCAUCGCAGACUUGUCCGUCGGAUUGUUGAACAUUCUACCAGAUAUUAUACACAGAUACACUCGCGAAUUUUAUGGUGGUGAGAUUGUAUGUAAACUGGUGAAGUAUGUUCAGGCAAUUGUUGUUUACGGGUCAACGUACCAGUUGGUGGCGCUUAGUAUUGACCGAUACGAUGCAAUCGUACAUCCUAUGAACUUCUCUGGCAGUGACAAACGAUCGAUGAUAAUGGUGAUUUCUAUGUGGGUAGUGGCAUUUAUAUUAGCUGUACCGAGUCCAGUGUUUUUUGAGGAAACUGUCCUUGAAAAUGGUGAAGUUCAGUGCUGGAUAGAGCUUCCGCAAACUAAUGCAAUAGCAAAUACUGAAUCCUGGUUAAAAGAUACUGGCGAUGAACCAGUCAUUGAAGAAGUUACACCACCCGGUUACUCCUACGGUCACUUUCCACGUGAAAAAUCAGCAGGCAGCGGUAUAGCCUUUAUAUAUAAACCUAGCGUAGUUGUUAGCAACUGGAAGCCGUUAAUAAAUGUCGUCUCAUUCGAGGCUGUCGCGAUUGAACUUCGUUACUAUGCAUUUAUUGUGUGUUGGAGUCCAUUCACAUUGUGGUUCAUACUUGAAAUAUAUGGUCACAUACCGAAAAACGAUUUGACGAUGACAAUUCACAUCAUAGUUCAAAAUCUGCCAUCAUUGAACAGCGCCACUAAUCCAGCUAUUUAUGGGCUAUUCAGUACGAAUAUUUGCAAAGAGUUGAGACGUAUACCCGCUUUGAAUUGGAUAGCAGCGAAAUUACCAUGUUGUGAAGAGUGGUCGCCACGACCACGGUCCACAACGUAUCGUGAUACCAAUUAUACUGAUGUCAGUAUGACUGAACCACCAAUUCCAAUGAAAGUUAAAGAUGAUACUAAUUCCAAAGAGUUGAUUGAAGGAGUUUACACUUCACUGUGA